AUGUUGAGGACUGACACCAUCGGCAGUACGUCAAAGCCUUUAUACGUUAUUGUCCAGAGCGUUUCGAAGGUGAUUACGCUCCUUGAGCGCUUGGAUGCCCAAGUUGAGCUGACACCACUUGAGGUUAAUCCCCAACGAUAUGGUAACAAGGCAUUUCGUGAUUACUAUUCUUGGCUGUGUCAAAACGCCACGAGCAUAUGUCAGGAAACUCUGGAAAUCGAAACGACAGCGGAAAACUUUGAUGAACUGGUUAAAUAUCUGACGGAGUCUGUCGGCAAUCCUGUUCGAAUCGAUUAUGGCACCGGCCACGAACUUGCAUUCAUUGCUUUCUUACUGGCCCUUUUUAAAAUGGGCUUUCUGAAGAAACCUGAAUCGGCUAUAAUUAAUCAGAAAACUGGAAGUGCGUUAGAACACAACGAAUAUGCCGAAAUUGCUUUGUGUGUCUUCCCAGUUUACCUCCGUUUCGUUCGCCACUUGCAGACUUACUUCAGGAUGGAACCGGCCGGUUCUCAUGGCGCAUGGAGCCUUGAUGAUUUCCAAUUCGUACCCUAUAUUUGGGGCAGCAGUCAACUUAUGGGUACCGGAUUGUACGAACCGUCAGUAAUACCCAAUAAAGAAGUUGCCUCGAAGGAAGCGGAGUCUUGUCUGUUGUUUUCUUGUGUCAACUACAUAUUCCAGGUUAAGACAGGUCCCUUUGCAGAGCACUCAAGUUGCCUCCAGAGCCUCAGCAACGUGCCCCACUGGGAGAAAAUAAAUUCGGGUAUGCUAAAGAUGUACAAGGGUGAGGUCUUAAAUAAGUUUCCUGUUGUGCAACAUUUCCUCUUCGGCAACCUGCUCAGGUUCGAGCCAGCACCACCAGGUGCUUUAAAGGCAGGCCCACCAGGAGGCGCCAAGCUGCCAAGUUCGUCGACCUCUGCUGGCCCUCGCAAAGACAUGUCUGCCUUUUCUCACCAACCACCAUUCGUCAAGCCCACGGGAGACCCAUAA